AUGAAGACAAAAAAGUUAAUCGAGAAUGUCCUGAAGACAACUGCAAAGUUACUGGAACUGAGUAAAGAUUUCUUCGUUAGCCAUCUCGGAGACAAGUUCUCAAUAUUUGCAAGAUUCAACUACUAUCCAUGUUGUUUGAAGCCUGAUCUUGUAUUCGGCCUCAAACCUCACAGUGACCGCACACUAAUCACUGUAAUUUUACCUGACAAAUAUGUAGAGGGACUUCAGGUAAUGAAAGACGGCGAAUGGAUCAAAGUGACCACUUCCCCUGAUGCUUUGAUCUUUAAUAUAGGAGAUCAAAUGGAGAUAAUGAGCAAUGGAAUAUUUAAGAGCCCUGUUCAUAGGGUGGUCACAUUUUCGGACAAGGAUAGGAUUUCUAUUGCUAUGCUUUGUGCAAAUUUACCUGAAAAAGUGAUAGGACCAGCAGAUGAACUAGUGAAUGAUAUGAGACCAAGGAUGUACAAAAAUGUGAAGGUGAAGGACUAUACUGAGGUGUUUUUCAAGAGAUUCUACCAAGGAAAGAGGGCUAUUGAUUGGGCUCAAUUCGGAUAA